AUGAGGGUCAGCGCGCUUCUGAAUCCGUCGUCAAGCAAUUUCUCGGAUUCAGAAUCACUGACACUUCUUUCUGCUACUACAACCACCGGCACUACAACCCUAGCUGCUGGCUCCGCGGGUGCUACAACCGCGGCGGCGGGCGCGGGGUGCGCGGCGUCGGCGCUGGAUGGGUUCGCGUGGUCGGCGGCGCUGGGGUCCACUGGACUCACGCUGCAUUGGCGCGCAGUGGACUCGUCGCGUCUCGCCUUGGCGCUGGAAGCGGCGGGCGGCAGCGCGGCGGCGGCGGGGUGGUUCGCCGUGGGGUGGUCGGCGACGGGCCGCAUGGCGGCGUCCGACGCCGUGGUGGGCAAUCUGGCGGGCGGCGCCGCCGUCCAGGCGGUGUACAUGAGCGGCACGGCGCAGAGCGACGUUCAGCCCACAAGCAGCUUCGAUAUUGGCAACGCGCAGCUCGCCACGUCACCCUCGGGAUCCACCAUCCUCAAGUUCAACCGCACAGCAGGAGACGGGUCGGUGGCGGUGAGCGUGCAGGGCAGCAACACACUCGUGUGGGCGCACUCCCCCGAUGGCUCGCAGUCCCUCGGCUUCCACGCCGGAUAUGAUGGCGCGCUGCAAGUGGACUUCGCAUGCUCCUCUGCCUCGUCCGGAGGGGGAGGGGGUGGCGGCACUGGUGGGGGCGCGGGGGGAGGCACUGGCGGAGGUGGGGGCGACUAUGGGGGUGACUACAGCGGGGGGAACAACGGCGGAGGAGAGGGCCUGGGGGCGGACAGGGGGGCCCUGGGGGCGGUCAGGGCGGACCUGGGGUCGGGCGAGGAGGGCCAGGGGGCGGGCAAGGGGGAGCUGGUGCGGGACAGGGGGGAUUUGGGGGCGGACAGGGGGGAUUUGGGGGCGGACAGUGGGGAUCUGGGAGCGGGCAGGGCGGAUUUGGGGGUGGACAGGGCGGAUUUGGGGGCGGGCAGGGCGGAUUUGGGGGCGGACAGGGCGGAUUUGGGGGCGGACAGGGCGGAUUCGGGGACGGGCAGGGCGGACCUGGCGCUGGUGGGGGGCAAGGGGGAGCUGGAGGCGGGCAAGGGGGGGCUGGGGGCGGUAAUGGUGGUGACUACAGCAAUGGGGGGAGCUUCAGCGGUGGUAAUGGCGGAGACAACACAGGCGGACAAGGUGGUUUCUACAGCGCUGGAGCAGGGGGAGGAGGAGUGGGGGCUGGUGCUGCUGGGGGUGCUGCUGGUGGUGCUGCUGGUGGGGGCUGUGGGGGAGGACAAGGGCAAGGCGGGGGAUUUGGGGGACAGGGGGGAGCUGGGGGAGGGCAGGGCGGACCUAGGAGCGGGCAGGGGGGAGCUGGAGGCGGGCAGGGCGGACCUGGGGGAGGCUAUGGUGGAGGGAGCAAUGGCGGGGAUUAUGGUGGUGGUAAUGGCGGUGGUGACUAUAGCGGGGGAAAUGGAGGGGACUACAGCACUGGCGGUGACUACAGCGGGGGGAUCACGGGAGGGGGCUAUGGGAGGCCCAUCUGGGGGCGGUGUGAGUGGCGGGGGAGGCAUGGGCGGUGGAGGCAUGGGCGGUGGUGCUGCUGGCGGUGGGAUGGGAGGGCCUGGGGGAAUGACUGGGGGAGGAAUUAUGGGGGGAGGAGGCAUGGGGGGAGGAGGCAUGGGCGGGGGAGGCAUGGGCGGUGGUGCUGCUGGCGGUGGCAUGGGAGGGCCUGGGGGAAUGACUGGGGGAGGAGGCAUGGGAGGAGGAGGCAUGGGGGGCGGAGGCAUGGGCGGUGGUGUUGCUGCUGGCGGUGGCAUGGGAGGGCCUGGGGGAUGA